AUGCCACCUAGAAAGAAGAACACAGCAAAGAAGUCCUGUGGCGGUUCUGCCAAGAAACUUUUGGCACCUGUCGGCUCUCCUCCGGUGCCCGCUGCGUCACACGCCGAAUCGUCCACGUCAUCCUUGGAGCCGGAAGACACUAGGACAACUGAAGAUCACAGUAUAUGGUGUUUGAUUUGUCGCGAUGGCGCGGAAGGUGACGUUGUACUUUUUGAAUGCAACGCGUGCCCCCGCGUCAUGUGCAGCAAAUGCAUUGAGGUGCCCAAGGCCCAUAUCGAUGACGUCCGACAUACGGAUGUAAUAUUUUUAUGUCUUUCUUGUCACUCGUUGCGGACGAUCAAGGAGCCCACGCCAUAUUUUGGCUUCUAUCAUAACAUUUUGCCAGAGCAAGGAGGAACGCCUGUACUCCCAGGCUUCCUGCAGCUCAAGGGCAAGUACGAGCUGGCGUCUAGCUCCAUCUUGGCAGCCACACCCCUUGCCGUCGUCCAUUUUAUCCUUGGUGGCAAGGACAGAAUCCCGACACCCGUUCCACUCCUCUCCCAUUACCUCGACAAGUUCUACCCCAGUGGCGGGUUUCUGUACAUCGAGAUCUUGUUCGACGUUGCUUCAUAUCAGCAGAUCGACAACUACACCCGCGACCAGGUCCGAACGGUUUCUGAGCUCACCAGUCACCUUGGUUCCACCGGUCGCAUCUUUGCGUUUCUCUCCAACCAUUCGGAAGAAGACAGUGGGUGGCUCUUUGCAGGGAAAGAGGGUCAAGGUGAGGGAGAGUAUGUUGCGAUGGAAGUUCAGCAUGUUCUCUCUACAGUGUUAAAGCCCUAUGCUAGGAUCCUCAAGUCCUCCCACAUCGUCUUCCUGGUCUGCGGCUCUGUGGUGGCGCACGAGACACCCUACACUCAGCUCAAGGAGGCCAUUCUUCAAUUCGACUUCGUGGGCACAAUCAUCUUUCCCGCACCUCGCUUUCAACCUCUUGUCGCCAUGAAUUUUUUGGUCGCCAUGAUGGAACUUAGCUGGGCCGAGAGGGUCGCUGUGACGGUUGCUGAUAAGAGUCGCGACGAGGACGCCCCAGACCGUGUCUCUGUUUGCCGGUACAUCUACACAUGCAAGUACACCAACUGUGGUAGCAUGCAAAAGUUGCCUCCCUACAAGUUGUCCGUCACCAAGCCUCCUGGGUCAAUUGUCAACAGCGCAAAGACCAAGAACUGCGCUUGGUUCCAGUCGCCUUCUACUCAUUUUGUACUUCAGUCUUCAGCUGUGUCUACCCAAGGCAAGCGCAUGAAUGAGGGGGUGCCUACUGGGACUGCCAAGAAGUUUGUAAAUGGGAAGAAUUCCUGUCACAAUUUGCUGAGACAGAUCCGCAAUGAAAUUGUCGCAAUUCAUCACACAAGAGAGGAUCCUGAGGAUUUACCAAAGGGAUUGAAAAAGGCUAUCCGGAGGUACUACCUCCAGUUCUUAACGGACGCUGAUGAUCGGCGUGAUGAGCAACAGAUCUUGGGAGAUGACUCAGAGCUGGAGGAAGAACUUGGCAUGUCCCCUGAGGACAGAGAGUUGGCGGCUCGUCCUAAGGACGCAGGGUUCUACAAGAAGGAGCUUAAGCUUGGGACGUCGCACAGAAACUCUUUAAGCAGGAGAUGGACGACUACGAUAAGGAGCAGCAACAGAAGAAAGGCCAUGACCUCUGCACAUCGGAAGGAGGUUGAGGAGGCGAGGGACAAGUGGAAUAGGGAUGGCGCCCCAGCAGAAUCACAGGCGAUGUAUCGAAAGAAAAACCUCAAAAAAGUUCUCGAUGAUUUUACAGAACAGAUUCAUCGUACUAUGGGUUGCCGACUCGUGAUGUUGGUCAGUCACAAGAAAAAUGCCGAUCAGACUUUAAGUGUCAAGAUCCUGUCAAUCAGAAGAAAUCGUUUAGCCAGAGUUCUUGAGGAAGCAAAGAAUGGACGUCUGAAGGUUUUGAAAAAUAUGCCGAGUGGUCAAAGGCUGAAUUCUGUGAGUUUUGUAUUUUUUUUGGAUCGGUUCAGACUGCUCAAUGACCAUGUAUCAGACCCCACCAAUGAUGAUGAUGACUCCUCCGAUGAAGAAACGAAUGAUGGAAAGGAUGCAAUGCCCGAAGUCAUCCUGGAUAACCACGGUUACGCAAAGCUCCCUUCUCAAGUCUUCACUGGUAGCAUGAAGCCAGUACCUUGGCUCUCAAUCGCCGGUGAGCCUUUGCUGUACCUGGAUCCAGACUCCAUCCCCAAUGGUUUUACCGUGCAAGACCCAUCUCAUUUGAGAGUGAAGGAAAUCAACAAACUUUGGGGCCAUUGGGAAGCCCGGAAGGCUUCGAAGCAGAGACUCGUUAUUUUUGUCGGAGCUGCAAGUGCCCACAUGAACAAGUCCCUGCUCGAAAAUGCUGUUUAUGUAGGCGAGAAGAAAUCAAAAAAGAAGUACGUAGAAGUCGACGAUGAAGAAGGAGCCUCAGCUGCCCCUACACCCAUGAAACGUACAAGACGGCUGGCCGAGGACAGCUCCGAGGACAGCUCUGAUGAUAAUCUAGCUCCAUCAGCAGGCCUCGUCGCUCGACCGUCAGUUGCUCAAGAAGGCAUACGCACACCAGCUACUGUGCCAAUGAAAGAUCGAAUGUCAUUCUUACGAUCCCUCAGCAGCAACAGAGAGUAUCUGCUUUUCAUUUCGAGUAUUGGUGGCUUGAAAAAGGAACAAAGCUCUGAGGCAACCGAAUGGCCUGCAUGGGCGACAUGGUCUUGGGAGGGAUCGCACCUUCCAAACAGUGUACACUCAGAGGUUAGUGAGUUGGACAUGUUCUUUGAGGUAGUCUCAUCUGCGAAGAUAUCUGGCUUGGCGUCAGCCAUGAAGGUCGGCCUAGGUCUCGGGAUGCUGCUAAGAGAAUGUAAGCGAGUCAUCGAGUAUGAGGCGGAUGACGCUACCCCCAACACCCCCUCUUACCUUGGCACCUCUAUUUUGGGUAUCAAGACCCUCGACCUCGUUAUAGAGGCAAUAAACACAGCCAGAGGUGGGGUCACCCGCAUGGUCAAGGCGAAGGAGGGACAACAUGCUGCCAUUACUGAGGCUGGUGGAGAAGAACAUGGUACCGAUACUGCCGCUCAGACUAUUUCGACCAGGGAAGAGGAAGUGGAUGACGAGAAACAAAGGGAGGAAGAUGAGAUGAGAAGGAAGGUUGAAGAGGAACUUCGCGAGACAGAGGAACAGAAGAAGAAAAUGGCGAUGCUGCAGGAGGACAUGAGAAAGCUGGAGGAGAGAAAGCGAAAGCUGGAGGAGGAGAACCAGAAGCUGUUGAAACUGGUGGAAGUGGCGAACGAAAAGGACAGUGAGGGUAAGGAGCCGGAGAAGGCUGAGGAGGAGGAGGAGGAGGAGGUAGUGCAGAAAGGGAAGAAAAGAGGAAAGUCUGGGGGAUCUGGAAGACCAUCCAAAAAGCCUACCACUGACAAUAUUCGUCGAUCCAGCAGAGCCAGACAGCCGUCCAAAAAGGCCAUGCGCAAGUGA